CCGGGUGCAGCGCUCACAAGAGCUGGAGCCCGCAGAUUGAGGUUUACCAGCAGGAGAGAGAGAGCGAACAGAGCCGGCCAGCGGGAGUGCUCUAUUGGCCAGAGCUCCAGCAGCCACACUUGGAGCCUUGACUGGCCACCUACAACCUGUUCCCACUUCUGGCUGGCUGACCGUGCACUGCUGUGAUGGGAUCUGAGCUGGAGACAGCGAUGGAGACCCUCAUCAACGUGUUCCAUGCCCACUCGGGAAAGGAGGGGGACAAGUACAAGCUGAGCAAGAAGGAGCUAAAAGAGCUGCUGCAGACCGAGCUCUCUGGAUUCCUGGAAGCCCAGAAGGAUGCAGAUGCUGUGGACAAGGUUAUGAAAGAGCUAGAUGAGAAUGGAGAUGGGGAGGUGGACUUCCAAGAGUAUGUGGUGCUGGUCGCUGCUCUCACAGUGGCCUGUAACAACUUCUUCUGGGAAAACAGUUGAGCAGACACCAGUGGGCAGCGCCUUUCCUCUCCGCCCUGCCAGACCUGCCUCUGCACCCUGCUUCCACCUCAACCCACUUCUCCCUCUCUCAUUCCCACUCUUGCACACUUCCCCACACACAUCCACAAAGGGCGCAGGAGCAGCAGCCUACAACUCAUCUUUCAUUAAAGGCUCCUCUCUCACCUGCCA